GAUGUUGUGGGUAGAUCUGGUGGUAGCAACAACAAAACCUUGAUCAAUUCUGAUGCAAUUUUCUGGCCAUUGGCGUACACACAUGUGCUCGCGUGCGUGCUGCUGCUUCUGGCGAUGUGCGCUCCUCGUUGACUCAUCAUCCAUAUUCUCAACAUGUGGGCAAAAAUGUUGCAAUGUUCAUCGUUCCGUAGUUGGUUUAACCCGCAGAGGAACACGAACCAGAGAACAGGUCGAGUGCGCGGUGCUGCUGGAGGACCAUAACCGAUAUAGGCCGUCCCGAUGCCACGUGGUUCCAAGUUGGUAAAGACAUUGUCAGACAACGGUGAACGCCGAGGGAAGAUAAAGGAAGAAGUACCAGCGGAUGUCGAUGAGCACUCGCCGUAACUUGAAGUCCAUCAUAAGACAAAAGGUACUCGACCAGGCCAGACGAUUCUCACCAGCCAUGUUCCAACGCACACCGUCGUUCCUCAAUCUGACCUACAUUGCGUCACUUUUGUUUUUGACGCUGAUCAUCAUUGACCAGUGCACCGGAAUAUGGCCAUGGUCGAGCGCACUCGGAGAGCUCAGUCACUUUCACGGAAGAAUAGCCCAAAACGAUAUCCUCUGUGCGCAUAGAGUGAUUGGCAAAGGGACCACACUUCCAGCAAACAUUUACUUUGCGACACCGCUGUCAAUCACGGCUUAUUUAGCAGAAGCAUCGAAAUUCCACAAGGAAGGAUUUACGCUUGGGAUCAACAACGGUGGACUGCAGAUGAACUCAGUAGGCUUUGUGAUUCGAGGUUCGGGACCAAUACUACCAUACGCCGUUGAAGUAUCUAUCUAUUGUGCUGUUCCUGUUGAUCCUGCUCCUGAGGUUCCUGUUCAACAGUCUAUAUUAUAAUUUUAAUAAGCUUCACUAAUUCUUUGAAAUAUGUAGCUUUGGCUUAAAUAUUGAUAAACUUAAC